AUGACCGACCUCCGACCUUACGUACGGUGGCAGCGACAGUGUGACGUCUCGCCGGCGGAAGUGAUGUACUCCGUUGUUCACUGCGUGUCUCGUUUCUGGACACAGGACACCUUCUUCACUCCACAGGAUAGCCUUUCUGAGGAUGACGACAGCUUCAGUGAAUCUAACAUAAGUAAAGUGUCAGCAGGAGAUAGCAGACAUGUGUUGGCCGAGAGAGGACGGCGAGUGUCACGCAACCUACAGGAUCUGGGUGUCUUCACUCGACAGACCAUGGGUCAUGUGAUGGAUAGAACAAGUGGAACUCCUGUGAAGCUUCUGACAAACUUAUUUGCACUGGAAUUUCCAAAAGAGUGGCAACUGUAUCAGUACCAUGUGGAUUUCAAUCCUUCCAUUGCUUCUAUGAGACUGAAGGCAGCUUUGCUGUAUAGUCACAGCGAAAUUUUGGGCCAAGGUCGUGCCUUUGAUGGAGCCAGCCUUUUCCUGUGCCGUAAGCUCGAAGAGAAGAUUACAGACCUCACCAGUACAACAAAACGUGGUGAAGAAGUGAAGAUAACAGUGACGCUGACAAGUACACUGCCGCCAGGGUCCCCCGUCUGCAUUCAAUUCUAUGGGGUUCUUUUCAAGAGGAUCUUUAGAUGCCUUAACAUGUACCAAGUGGGACGCAAUUACUACAAUCCUUCCAAUCCUGUGGAAAUCCCUCAGCAUAAGUUGAUGCUGUGGCCUGGAUUCUCAAUAUCUGUUAUGCAUCUGGAAAGGCAGUUAACUCUGAGUGCGGACGUCAGCCACAAAGUCCUGCGUAAUGAGACGGUCCUAAACUCCAUGAACGACAUCUACACAAGGGUACCGGAAGAAAGGUUCACCGAGGCCUGCGAGAAAGAGUUUCUGGGGCUGGUUGUGCUAACCAGGUACAACAAUAAAACUUAUAGGGUUGAUGACAUUGAUUGGAACACCAAGCCAACAGACACAUUUCCAAGGAAGGACGGCAGCGAGAUUACGUAUGUGGACUAUUAUAAACAGCAAUAUAAUCUGGAGCUGACUGAUUUAUUCCAACCCAUGCUGGUCAGCACCUUGAAAGUUAAGAAGAAUGAUGCAGCUGAUGCUCCCCGUGCUGUGCACCUGAUUCCAGAACUGUGCUAUCUUACUGGGCUGUCAAGCCGCGCCCUUACGGACUUCCGUCUGAUGAAGGACCUGGCCAUGGAGACUCAAGUAAACCCGGAACGCAGGCAGCAAAGAUUGCAGAGCCUGGUGGACAGCAUUGAGGGAUGUUCAGCAGCGAGUUCCGAACUGACAAAGUGGGGAAUGCGAUUGGAUAAGCAAAUAUCCCUUACCGGUCGUCUGAUGCCCCCAGAGAGAAUUUGUAUGAGAGACAAUAUAUGUCAACCUAUGUCAGCUGCUGACUGGGGCCGUGAUACUCGGGAUUCAAGAAUAAUCGCCGCAAAACCCCUGAACAGCUGGCUGCUGCUUUUCAGCCGUCGCAAUGAAGACGUAGUUGAGAAGCUGCUCUACAACUUGCAGAAGGCUGGCAGUGGAAUGGGCUUUGAUAUCGAACACCCCAAAAUAAUACCAGUGGAAGGCAGUUCAAUUUCUUUUAUACGUGCUCUGCAACAAAACGUGAACCGGGAUCUUCAAAUGGUGUUUUGCAUUCUGCCAUUUAAUUCAAAAGAUAGCUACGAUUCCAUUAAGAAGUUUCUGAGUGUGGACAUGCCUGUUCCCAGCCAGUGUGUGCAGAGCCGUACACUAAACAGACCACAAAUGCUAUUGAGCAUCGCCAGCAAAAUUGCCAUGCAGAUGAUCUGCAAGACGGGAGGGGAGCUCUGGGCCGUGGAGAUCCCUCUUAAGUCUCUCAUGGUGGUUGGGAUAGAUGUCAACAAAGAAGCACUAAAUAAAUCUCAAUCAGUCGUUGGGUUUGUGGCCAGCACCAACUCCAGGCUCACAAAGUGGUUUUCUCGGUGUAUCAUUCAGAAAACAUCAACAGAUUUUGCUGAUUGCCUGAAAGUGUGCAUGCAAGGUGCCAUUGAAAAGUGGAAGAGUUACAAUAAUGAUCUGCCUAAGCGCAUUAUUGUUUAUCGCGAUGGAGUUGGAGACGGCCAGUUACAGAUGGUUUUGGAUUAUGAGAUUCGUCAGCUUCUGGCAUGCUUUGCAGGGGCCCAGAGUGGUUACAAUCCUAGAAUGACAUUUGUCGUAGUGAGGAAGAGAUGCACCACCAGGUUCUUCAGUAAUAUUGGCCGAGGGUUGCAGAACCCACCAUUGGGCACUGUGGUUGACAGUGUGGCUACAAGACGUGAGUGGUAUGACUUUUUCCUGAUAAGUCAAAACGCUCGCCAGGGAACAGUGAACCCUACGUAUUACAACGUACUUUAUGACUCCAACUGUCUAAAACCUGAUCACCUUCAACGUCUGACAUACAAGCUUUGUCAUCUGUACUACAACUGGCCGGGGGUGAUCCGAGUGCCAGCUCCAUGCCAGUACGCCCAUAAACUUACCUUCCUGGUUGGGCAGAGCAUUCACCGGGAGCCAAGUAUGGAGCUUUCUAAUACUCUGUUUUACCUGUGA